CUCGAAGACACCAAGUAAUGGAAUAAAAAGUAUGGACGAACGGCCAAUUCGUACAUGGAGGGAGACAUCCAAGGGGUUAAGAUUAGACUAGUCCACCGAAUAACCCCGAUAUCUGGGCCACGAUGUGGAUCAGACCUUCAAACCGGAGCAUCGAGUCGACGAGUACAAGUCCAAAUCACAAGGUCAUGAUGAACGCCAAAUUCUCCUGCUGCUUGCCAAUGCGACUGGACCGGGCAGGCCCUAAAUGAAUGAGAUCCGUUCGGAACUCGAAGUGGUUAAAACAUGAUCCGAACGGCGAGGGGAUGCACGUGGAGCUUGAGUGCUCGGGGGCCAUGAAGAUAUUUCAUCCUUACGCCACUGCUCGCACCCCAAUUCCAACACACGAGAGUGACGAAGCAUUUUCAAGCGCCAACGUACGAAAAAGUCGAAAAGAUCUCGCUCGCGUCUUUAUCCGCCCACACAACUCACAGCCACUUUUGAACGCUCGCAGAAAGAGAAUGAGCAUCCCGGACUGCGAGCGGCAAGUGGGUUCCGUGAUCGCAAACCCCAUCGACGAAUCGAUCGAACAAUCGAGGGGGAGAGAGCGGGGUCCGGCCUCGAUACAUGUCCUCCGCCCCAUGGCGCGCGCAUUCAUUACAGCUCACUCGCCUUUUGGAUUCAUCGUCCGAAUCCAAGGACCGCGGACGGAAAAGCAAAGCUUGUCAUGUCGUCGUCGUCGUCGUCGUGGCGCCUACAGCAGCAGAUUCGGCUUCGAAGCUGUCUUCCUGCGCGCCCGUCUUCUUCUUGCGCUUCUUCGGGCCACAUCGCUCGAUCCAUCGACCUCCCGGCGGCCCCCGAGGCCCCACCUCCGCGCCGCAUUGAUCAUCGAUCUUCGCCCAUCCUCCUUCGUCCUGGCGGAAUGGAGCAUUCGGCAUCGCCUGUCGUCGACUCACUCACCCACCCCCUGCUCGAGACACGGCUGCGACAAAGGCUCCCCGCCCCGUCGCCCUGCCCCGGAUUUAUCUGUCGCCAGGCUUAUCCAUCAUUGCGGCUCGGCCCGGCUCGACAUUUUUCCCGACCAUACCUUUCAGGCUGCCCGAGGCAGCCUGAAAGGUAUGGUCGGGACUUCUAGCCGUGACGCGUGGCCGACCCGGUUCCCAGUUCAGUUUGGCUCACUGCGCAGCCCCAGCCCCGAACUUGGUAGCUGGCCCACUCGCCUCUGA